CCACGCUCGACACGCAUGUCGAGCGGUUGCCUAUCCUGCUCACCGCAGGCGUUUGCUGCGCACCCACACCUCACGUUUCGUUUUUUCUCCAACAGAGCGCUGCGGGAGGACGAGUGCAACAUCUUACAAAACUUGUCGCGCGAGGAGUUCAGAGAGUUUAGGACGCUCGUCAUCGACAUGGUGCUGGCCACCGACAUGAGCUUCCACUUUCAACAGCUCAAGAACAUGCGCAACUUGUUGACGCUCGCCGAGCCUACGGUGGACAAGUCCAAGGCGCUGGCGAUGGUCCUGCACUGCUGCGACAUCGCCCACCCCGCCAAGCGAUGGGAUCUGCACCACCGCUGGACCCAGCUGCUGCUCGAGGAGUUCUUCCGGCAGGGCGACCGGGAGAGGGAGCUGGGGUUGCCCUUCUCGCCGCUCUGCGACCGGAACAACACGCUCGUCGCUGAGAGCCAGAUAGGUUUUAUUGAGUUCAUUGUAGAGCCGUCCAUGGGUGUGUGCGCCGACAUGCUCGAGGCUGUGCUCGCCCCCAUCCUGGGCAACAGCGCCAAGGAUGCUAGUGCCAGCAAAGAGGCCAUCGAGGAGGAGCCGUCAGGUGAUCAAAAGUACAAAAAUGAGCAGAGAUUCACCAUUAAAAAGCCUUGGGUAGGAACACUAGCCGAGAACAAGAAACAGUGGAAGGAACAGGCAGCCAAAGACGCAGAGCAAAGGGCGCUGCAGCAGCAAGCAGAGGAGAUGGCUGCUGGAGACAAAUCUGCCGCUGUGGAAGAAGAGGAAUAGUCCAGCACAACAUAUCCCCGUACUGUCCAAGUCGGCCCAGUUUAUCGAAGCAAGUAGGAGCUGUGCUCUUAGAACAUUCUGCUCGACCAUCAAGUCUGGUUUUAUUUUAGUAAGAUUUUGGACAAGAUUGCUACAUAUCUGCCAUGCUGUCAUAUGGACAAUUAAGGAGUAUGGUGCCAUAAAUUUCUAUUAUUGUGCCUUCGUACCUGAAAAAUACAAGGAGCAUAGAAAAAUAAUUAUUAUUUUUCAGGUUAAGGCUCUCAAUUUCUCAAGAGUCAGGCUGUUGUGGAUGAAAGAACACUCUUUAAAAUGUCAACAGAACCAGUAAAUGCUGGUGUGAGCAGCAGACAGAUGUAGGGCUAGUGCCCAGUGAAACACCAAAUUAAUUUGGUGUCCAAAGGAUUUACUCGUUCUUUACUUGUUACCGUAAUUGGCGUAUGUUAUAUGCAAUGUGUUGACUUUACAGUAAUAAGGUUAUUUGGAAACAUCAGGGUUAAUCUCUUUUCGUCAAAGCUCUCGCUGAUGAACCAUUCUUCUUCAUAGUAUAUGGAGGGAAGAGGGAGGUAAAGAACGAGUAAAAGUGGAUUCUCAGACAUUGCUGUUCUGCUGUCUUAACUGAAACUUUUGAUGUCAAAAAAAUACUGUUUUUUGACAUGCUACUUUCCCAUUAAAGCUUGUUGCACUGACCCUCAUCUUUCUUUAAGGAUAAUUUUAUAUUAUGAACAUUAUUCAAAGCUGAACAGCAUGUUAAGGGACUGUACUGAUUUGACAUCAAAAAAGUUUUAUUCUGUGUGUAUAGAUGUUCUUUAAUACUGUUUCUCUAACAUGUGUUUCAUGUUAAGCUAAGGCCAAGGCAGCCAAUGGUUAUUUUUAGGGGAUUUGGGCAUGUAUGUGUUUGCCCACAAAAAUGGAACACACUUCCUGUGAAACUCCAAUUAGGUGGAAUAUUCUAGAAUUUUAAUAUCUGUGAAAUUGUACAUUACCCUCAGUGUGUCAUACCUUAGCAAGACUAUGCCAGGCUUUGCUUGAGCUAAGAAGUGCUGCAAAAGUCUUGUUUUUUUAAUUGAUUACUUCGUCCUCUGCAUUGCGGAAUCCCUCCAGUGGUACUGUAGCUACUUGACUUUUUAGUCUCUGCUCCUCCACAUUUCUAAUGCUGAUGCCUUGGCUUACAGUGAAUGUUGAUCUCACCUUACCUGACAUUGAGAUUGGGUGAUACUAAAUAAAAAAAAUUGUGAUAUGAUCUGUUUGAAAUUGCAUUGUUGUGUACAUUUGUUUUGUUACUGGUUGGUGUAGAUUUCAGUGAUAAUUCUAUGUGCAGAUUUACCAAUAGGAAUGCACAAAAAUUGUAUAGUUUCUCUUGUGAACUCUCAGAACAAGUACUAGUUGAAAUCAAGUGUUUUUGUUUUCAUCUAAAAGAUUAUCUAUUCCUUCUUAGACUUUUCACAAUUUCAGAAGUGAUGGUACAUUUUUUUUUCACUACCAAUAUACCUUAUGAAAUUGCCUCAAAGUUCAUAGUACAUGUAACAUGAAGGACAAAAUCAUAAAUGAAGACCAGUUGUUUUGAGAAUUUCCUAAAGAAAUAAUUUUCGUUAAAACAGUGCUGACUUUAGCUAAAGAAAAGUAUUAUAUAAGGUGAUUCAUCUUAGAACCAACAAAUUGUAAAUAGUCCUCUUUAUUAUUAUGCAAAUAUGCAGUGCAUUUUAUAGUGAAUAAGUACAAACCUUGUUGAUAUCUUGUAUGUACCAUCAUACCUUACUUUUAAUUGAGGUGUGAUAAAUACUGUUCCCUCAAAAUAUCGGACCAAUAUUAAAUGUAAGGUCAAAAUUUAUGAUUCUUUGAAAUUAGUAUAAGUUGUUCUAAGGAGUCCAAACCUAAGGGUGCAGUUGGAGGACCUUGUACAAAUGAUUACUUGUAAAGAUUUUGUAGAGCAUGAAAUACUGCAUUUGCAUUUACUGUAUACUGAGGAGCUAAGCUGGAACAAUUUUUGCACAACUGGUUCAGUUAAUUUUAUUUCAAUGUAUGAUGAUAAACUAGAGUGGGGAUAGUGGUUGUACCAUGUAUCAAGACAUAACUAAUAUUUGUUGUUUUACCUUCAUCGAUAUUUGAAUUCACUUUGUAUUCAUUAAUUGGAAGAAUCAUGUAGGGUUCAAGAUAAAAUCAAUUCAAUAAAUUAAUGCGGUCUUCAACUGAAUUUAGAAUGGAUUUAAAGUGGAAGAAAAUAGAACUUUUAUGCAACAUUUCUGGUUUAUGACCUAAAACGCUUCAACGAUAAAGCCAUCACAAGCGACAAACAGAAACAGGAAGAAUACCGUUUAAUUUAAUAACUAAUUUCAGCGGUCCAUGUGAAAGGUGUUUAAUUAGAACCCCCAAAAAUGUUUCUUAUCUUUUGUUACAUGUUAAAAUAAAUACUGUAUAUCACAGUAUUUUGUAGUUCAAAGAACUUACUUUAACAAAAUGAGAAUGUUUGGAUUUGUGUCAAAUUGAGGGAAAUUUUUCAUCUGCACUUCAUAAAGAACAUCGUACAGUGCUCAUCUAAAAAAAAGAACUCCUUAGAUCAAACACCCCUACCACCACAGAAAAACUGCCUUUAGAAGACAUGCAUUCCACUGUUCCUUGUAAUACUUCCGUUAAAGGCUAAUCAUUUCCUUUCUUACCUUUAGCAAAGAAAAUACUAUAUACUGUGUAUCUUACAUCUGUUAGUUGGGACCAUAUGAAUAUCCUGCACUGUUUUCAAGAUUAAAUUUGGGGAAGUAAGAGAAUUGUUCCAAAAGCUAGCUUCACCCAUGGUACUAUAUAGUGUAGAGAAAUAGAAAAAUGUUGGCAAGUGUCAAAAUUUAAAAAUCCAGUAAUGUUGUGCCUGCAAUCUUCAAAUGCUGCAAUAAUAUUGAUCCGAGCAUGAUGAGAAUUGGCAGACCAAACACCGACAAAGUUUGUGCUCUAUGUAGGAUUUAAAUUAAAUACUAUAUAGCAGACCUGUGAUUUUAAGAGUCAAGUCCGAUAACUAACGUUGCCUGUUUUGUUCAUUAAAAGCGGAUUUUGCCUGAUCUUUAUAACUGAGAAAAUGUCUUCAGUGUAACUAGUAAUGGUUGUCAUGAUCCCUGAUUCACCAUCAUAUACUCCUGUUUUAUUGCUGAUUAAUUAGUGUCUUGUGAUGCCUGUGCUUUACUCCACUGAAAUACUAUGCUUCAUGUAAUGCUGGAGUUUUCAUUCUACCAGCAUGUUUCAUCAGGUCUGAAAUUUUGAGCUUACAAUUGUCACUUAUAGCAAUCUUGAUACUAUGCAAUAAAUAUUUUACUGUCAGAGGAA